AUGGCGCUAAACGUGGACUUUAAGCACCAGUCCAAGCGCGUGAAGGUCACACCCGGCACGACGAUGUUCCAAGUACUCGCGGAAGCACGGGAGCAGUUUGGACUGAGCGACUCGAGCCAGUACCAGCUCCUGCACCGCAGUAAACCCAUCGACCUGUCGAUUCCCUUCCGCCUCACAGGUAUUUCGAACAAUGCCUCCGUCGAGAUGAAGGAGCUGGAGGGGGCGGAUGAAGUGCAGCAAGUGCGCGUAUGUGUCCAGUUGCGCGACGGCAAACGCGUCCAAGCGUCUUUCGGGAGCGAUGAGAGCAUAGAGCGCAUUUUGACGUUUUUCAAGCUGCUUCCAGCGCCAGAGCAGUUCUCCCUUGGAUUCCUGCGACGCGAGAUCGAAGCACAUGCUUUCGCGACGACCACGCUGAAAGAGUUGGGUAUCAUGAGUGGCUCAGCGAUGUUUCGCGUUCAAGCUCCAGAUGGGCAGCCUAGCUCCACGUCAAGCACCCAAAACUCUUCAGUUGCAUCCACCCACACCAUUACAGCGUCUUCACAGAGCCCUCAUGUUUCAUUUGCAUCUAGUAAACCGACACCAUCCUCCCCGCUUUCUACCACACCGAAGUCGCUGAACCGUGUUCUUCAGCCGCAGACUGAGGACGUCGAGAUGAAAGAGCCUGUUGACGAGGAACACGCAAGCAACAUGGAGACUACUGUCAUGAGCAGUUAUGGUGCACUACAGCUCUUGCGAGACAGCAACUUUGACGCAGUGUCACGGGCUGCAGUCACAACACUGAUGAAAAUUGUCACGAAUAUUUUGUCCAAUCCAGAAAACGAAAAAGUACGCUCGAUCCGCUUGUCGAAUGCAGCAUUCUAUCGCAAUGUGGGGCAGGUUAAGGGAGGCCUAGAAUUCCUGAAGUCCGUUGGAUUUGCAGUGGUUCCAGAAACUCAAGUGCUCGUGCUUAGUCCGGGACCAAGCGACAAAAGCGUGCUGGCGGAGGGUCUUCGAUUAUUGAGCAUCGAGGCAGACGAUUUAAACAUCUCGCCGGACGCGCGUCCAGUUGUUCGUGAAAAGAGAGAAGAUCCGAAUUUUGAUGUAUUUAAGACGCAGAUUACCCGAGUGCAGAUGCAACCUCGAGGUCCAAGUACGACUGAAGUUCUUGUUGACGCUCUAAAGUCCAAGCAAGACCAACUGGUUGGACACGAGAAGCCUCCCCGCAGCACAACUGUUGUUCUCGAAGGGAGACGAGCAAAUAGUCCAAUUAACUUGGUGGAAGCCUCUACAGAUGGCGAGCCUGGCGAACGAAAUGACGCACAGUUACUGAUCUCGAGUCUUAAAGCUCGACGGGAGGAGAUGGAGAAGACGAAGAAUUUCCGUACCCAGGCGAUGCGUGAACUUGACGAUCUUAAGCGUAAAAAGGUCUUCCAAACUGCUUUAAUCCGAGUUCAGUUUCCAGACCGAGCUGUCAUGCAAGCCACUUUCCACCCGAACGAAACGAUCCGAGAUGUCAUGGACCAUGUGACGGAAUGCUUGGCGGACCAGUAUAAACCUAGCAGGUUUUAUCUCUAUGUUUCGCCUCCCACUCAGAAAUUGGCGUCUACGAAGACCCUGGCGGAGUUGAACCUUGUACCUGCUGCUCUGACGUACCUCUCGUGGUUGGAGACACCUCAAGCUGAGGUGGCUAGCAUCGGUUUCUACUUCCGUAGGGACCUGUUGAUGGACGAGCACGCCGAGUCGAAGGAAAGUGUGGGUCCGUUGCAGAAGGCGGCAUAUCCAAAGCCGCUCCAUCUUGAAACCCCUCCCAGCGCAGAGCCGCGUGUGGAGCCAACUAGGCAACCCUCUUCGAAUGCGCAAGCGAAGUCUACCAAAAAGCCAUCUUGGCUCAAGCUUUAG